GCUCCUCUCCAAGCUUCCCCUGUGGCUCGUGAAUUCUCACAUAGAGCUUAUUCAAUACGUGGGGGCGAGUUAAGAGAAUGGCAUAUCAGAAGAUGCCUACUUCGAUCAAGUAUAAUAAGCAGGCCCUCUUGGCAGGGCUUGAAGACGUUGCCUUGAUGAAGAACGUAGACGACACUCACAAGCCCGAUGGCCGGACGUUCGAUCUCAAGCCUGUCAUGGGCGUCAUUGAGCAGAUCUUUAGACAGACUCCUCCUAAUAUGCUGACUGCUACUUCACAAGCUGCGGUAGCCACAGAAGACAAAGCAGCAGAUCAUGCUUCAAUAAGGUUUGAUGCUCUGGGUGGACUGUCUUACACCAUCCAUAAGAUCGCUUGCGAGAUAACAUGCAAGUGCUCGGGAGGCACCGACUCCCAUGCGACGACGAUGGAACUGCUCAGCGGCACACUGAGCGUCUAUUCUUGGGAGCGAAAGGUGGUACUCGCCCUAGCUGCCGCCGCCAUGAGCUAUGGAGAGUUCAGCCUCACUGGCCGGCUCUGUGCAAUCAAUUCCCUUGCCAAGUCUGUAGCAGUACUCAAGCGGCUGCCUGAUGUGGUAGAACAAGUCGACGCACUCAAGCCGAAGUUUGAUGCAUUGAACAACUUGAUCAAGGCAAUGCUGGAGACGACAAGGUGCUUAAUUGAGUUCAGUCACCUGCCUUUGGACUAUAUCUCCCUGGAUGCUCCGGCAAUGGUCACAACCCAGUGUCAUAUUCCAACUGCGGUCUACUGGAUCGUCAAUAGUGCGGUAACAUCAGCGGUUCAGGUUGUUGGUCAGACCAGCAUGAGGCAUGAGUACCAUGUUUCUGAGGCUUGUGAGCUUUCUAGCAGCUUUUUGGCUCAAAAGGUGAACAGCAUCCAUGGCCUCCUAAGCAAGCAAUUGGAGAUAUGCAUGCAGAUCAUAGAUGAGAAGAAGUCGGUAGAAUCCUUUAGAACACUUGAGCAUCUCUUCCAAACAAACCACGAUGAUAACAUGGAGAUUAUGAAGCCCAUUUUCCCUUCAAAGGAUGGCUGCCCCUUCAUCCAGAGUUCCGUUGAUAAGGUAAAUGUGGAGACAUUGCGCUGGAAGAUCGUGCUAUUGUUGUUUUCAGACUUACAAAUCAGGGAGGAGGGGCAGCUAACUUUUCUCAGCCAUUUCUAUGAAGCCUUCCAUGAAGGCCUGGAGACCACCUUCGAAAUAGUCUGGGUUCCUAUUGUGGACUCAAACGACGAUCUCAUCAAUCUGCAGGAAAAGCAUGAGAAUACCAUAUUGGAGGUGGCAGCUGAAAUGCCAUGGCUGACAGCGCACCCACCGCCACACCCGAACUCCACGUUUCUGAAAUACGUACGCAAGGAGUGGAAAUUUGAGAACAAGCCCAUAUUGGUAGCGCUGGAUGGGCAGGGGAAGGUCACCAAUCCGAACGCCCUGUAUAUGAUAAACAUAUGGGAAGACGGUGCCUACCCUUUUUCGACUGCGAGGGAGGAAGCACUCUGGAAGACGGCCACUUGGAAGCUCGACUUUAUUGUCCAUGGCGUCGACAUCCCUGAACUGCGUUCACCGAUUGGGGAGAAGAAGCAGAUAUGUCUGUAUGGUGGAGAGGACAUCGAGUGGAUCAGGUCAUUCACGAGCAAGAUGAAGGAGAUCAAGAAGGUGGCAGGGAUCAGCAUGGAGAUGGCCUAUUUGGGGGUGCCUCACCCGAGGGCAUCUACCACCAAGAAGAUCGUCGACACGGUGCUGAGGGAGAAGAUCAGCGCCUCCUACCCCUCGGAAUCCAUCAGAUUCUUCUGGACGCGCCUCGAACGCAUGCUGCACUCCCUGAUGCAGAGCCGGAAGGGGCCGGAGACGGACGGGUUGCAGCAGGAGGUGAUCACCCUCCUCACCUAUGGCGACAGCGGCCGCGGCUGGGCAGUCUUCGCCAGCGCCGGGGACGAGAUGGUGGUUGCCGACGGCAAGGCCUUCCUCCACGGGUUCACCAACUUAGGCUAUUGGAAGGAUGAGAUCAUAGAGAAGGGCUUCCACGGGGCGCUGCAGACCGGCCUUGACCUCCUCAAGUCCCCCGACCACUGCCUCAAGCUCGUGCUCCCUAGCAGCAGCAUCGUCCACCACGUCGCCUGUCCCGAGUGCAGAAAGAACAUGAAGACUUACCUCCUUCUCAAGUGCUGCGAUGAGGAGCUCGUUCCAAACACUGCCGCCGGCGCUGCUGCUGCUACCGCCGGUCCUGCCCCAGAUGUCGACUCUGGACCUGUCGGUCAGAAAAGGAAGCAGGACCAAAAAGCGUAUAUUAUGGCAGGCGAGAAGGAGGCAAGGCUCCUGGGGCGCUGAGGCCCAAACGGUUCGCAUUGAAGAAGUCAUAAAGAGUUGCCGUGCUCUGUCCCGUGAUCGUGUUUGAAUCCUCCUGGUGGAUCUCCUGUGACCUGAGUACUUUGGUGCUUGAUUUGCAGCCUUCUUCUAAUCUCUCUUAAAACGGAUUUGCAUUUUUAUAAUAUAAUGUAAUGUGCCUGCAAAGGUAGCUUUCUUA